GACUUCUCACUUCACAUCACAGCCACAGCUAAACACCACCUCCUCCUUAGCUUCACACCCGACUUGACUGUCUAGUAUUGGCUCUUUGAGUACUUGUUGCAUUGACUCAGAGCAUACUCACUCGACUCGGGUAUCCUACAUCAAACACUCUUACCGCUCGAGCCUGUUUAUGGUCAACGACAACGUUCAGUCAGCUUCUUCCUAGGUUCUACUCUUCACACGGCCUGCCAACAUGGCCACCUUCCAGCCCACAUUCGAAUCCUCACUUGACUUCACAAAGCCGAUGGAGUUCCCUGCAGAUAUGAGUGACCACGUCGAUCCAUCCAAUCUGAUGUCGUCCUACCGGCCCUCAGACGCCGAAUGGCUAACCAAGGAUCCCUUCGAGAUCUUGCCGUGGGACUCAUUCGGUGUUGAUCAGACCUUCAACCCUUUCACGGAAGACGCUGGUCUUGUUGAACUCGAGCCUCGCUCUUAUGCUACUAGCAAUCACGGCUCUCCGGCGGGGUAUGGAGGUUACACGAUCAAGACUGAGGAUGCCCUGUCAGAUGCAUCUCCUCUUUCAGACCCCGAGAGCGAGAUGUGGUCCCCGUCACAUAGCAACGACAACAAAAGCGGGAGCGUAUCCCCCGUCGAGACUAUUGGUGUCACCAAUAAACCCACAACCAAUACCAUCAUCCCCCUGCGAAAGGACUCCAAUGCUUCCACGUCAUCAACAUCAACCUGCUCGCCAUCCUCUCCACUCGCCUCGCCCAAAUCAUCAUCCUCUUCAAAAUCCUCGAAUAAUAAAUCAAGCCGGUCGGUCCUCUCACAUGACAACGACGCAGCAGCAGUCAUGAAGCGGAAAAAGGCAGCACACAACGCCAUUGAGAAACGAUACCGGACAAACAUGAACGCGAAAUUUCUUGCUCUGGGAAACGCUAUCCCCCGCUCCGGCGUUUUUACCGGUACACAAUUAGCCUCGAACAAGGGGCCGAGAAAGCAUUCCCUCUGCCAACCAACUCGAGACGGAAGACGACAUCAAGAACAGCAGCAGCAACAGCAACAACAACAACAAAAUAAAUCCGAGAUUCUCACAAACGCAUUAUCAUAUAUCCAUGAACUGCAGGAUGAGAACUCAAGAUUAAAAAGUGAAUUACUCGUUCUGAAGGAAAAUCUAUUACCAAGAGGGAAUAUGAUGUGGCGGCGAUAGACCAGAUUUCCCCCCCCUCCCCUUCGAAAAAUGUGUUAUUUUUUGAUAUCCACUCCUCCCAUUACAACAACAUCCCCGAUAUUUAAUACGACCCAUUUUUCGUUUCAGGCAGGACCAAGGAGUUUUUGGAGCCGGGUGCUUCGAUUUUUUUUAUUUUUUAACGAUAUGUACAUAUAUAUAUACCUGAAGUCUCACUUCCACCUUAUACUAUAACUACAAUGUGCUGGAAUCACUUUCUACUCUCGACAUUGAUAAUGAAUAUCAUUCUUACC